AUGGCUGAGUUUGUGCCAGAAGAUGAGUUUGGGUCAGAGGUUGAUUUUGGGUCAAUAGUUGAGUUUGGGUCAAUGGUUGAUUUUGGGUCAAAUGUUGAUCCGAAAACUGGACCCAGUGCUCGAGUAUGCAGGUUGAACUUUGCGCUCGUUCUUUGGAUCUCAAUGACAUUCGUGUGCUCAAGUUACCCAGUUGACCCUUCCAUGAGCAACAACCCUUUCUAUUUGAAUUGCCAGCUGGCUGGAAAAGCUGAUUAUUGCCUCCUCCUGUCCUUCCGCAACGGGGUGGGAUCAGGAGUGAAAAAAACUUCCUCUCGAAGAGCAAGGUCCUAA